AAAGGAAAAAAAAUCCAGAGAAAGUAGAGAAUACAAAAGAAACUCGGAAAGAAAGAAAGAAAAUGAAAAAGCAACAAAAUAACAACAGUAAAAUUAGCUAACAAAACACCACCACCACCAUGAUAACAAGGGCAGCGACAACAACAUCAGCAACGAAUGAUUUGAUUUUUGUUUGUUGUUUAAUCCAUCAUUGUUUGAACUGAAUCUCAAACUCUAUUUUUCUUUGAGAGAAAAAUCAGUAGCUCAACUGUCGUUGUUGAAGUAUUGUUGAUGGGGAAUGUUAUGUGGAAUUUCUAGAUCAUACUCCGAUCUUAUUACUUUUUGAUCCGGCUGAAUAGUUUGUCAAUCUUGGAGAAAAUCAUCAAGAGAGAAAGUUGUAUGAGGUGGGUUUGAUGUUUUUGUUCAGAUAAGCGAGGGCUUCUUUUCAUCUGAGUCAGAGUGGAACAUUUCUUGAGUUGAGUAGAGAUGACCUUGGUGUUUCGGUAACGAAGAAGGUUAGAGGCCUUGAAUUGUGACUUCACAUUGAUUGAUGCAACCUGGUUUUCCCAUUCAGUGAAUUGUUCAUUCAUGCUGUUUUGGCUUUGAAGGAGGAACAAUUAUUGGAUUCUUAAGCUUGAGAGAAAUAGAUACCAUCAUUCAGCUUGAGUUAUGAUCAAACAGAUACUUAAUAGGCUCCCUCGGAAGCCAUCUAAAUCGUCUGACAGUCGUGAAGGUGGGGGGACCUCUACCUCAUCUUCAAAUGCUUCAACCAGUCCAAGAAACAGUGAUUCCAGUAAUCGUUAUGCCAAUCAAAAGAGUGCAUCUCAUCCUGGGAACAAUUUCAACAGUAAUGUAGGAGUCAAUCAUGCAAAUAAGUUUGCCCAGGUUGUAAAUUCAAAGCUUAAUGGGAAUUCCUUGGUUUCUUCUUAUGAUGCUUUGCCUAGUUUUAAGGAUGUUCAUAACUCUGAGAAGCAGAAUUUGUUUAUCAAGAAACUGAACCAGUGUUGUGUUAUCUUUGACUUCAAUGACCCAACAAAGAAUGUCAAAGAAAAGGACAUCAAGCGACAAACACUAGUAGAGCUUGUGGAUUAUGUUUCUUCUGCAAAUGGAAAAUUUCCAGAAACUGUCAUGCAGGAAAUGGUAAAGAUGGUGUCCCUAAAUUUGUUUAGAGCCCUCACUUCUCCACCCCGUGAAAAUAAAGUUUUAGAAGGCUUCGAUUUGGAAGAGGAAGAGCCCUCAAUGGACCCUGCAUGGCCUCAUUUGCAAGUAGUGUAUGAAUUUCUUUUGAGGUUUGUGGCAUCACCAGAGACAGAUGCAAAAUUGGCUAAGAGGUACGUUGAUCACUCUUUUGUUCUCAGAUUGCUAGACCUUUUUGAUUCAGAGGAUCCAAGAGAGAGGGAGUAUCUGAAAACGGUUUUGCAUCGAAUCUAUGGGAAAUUCAUGGUCCAUCGUCCCUUCAUUAGGAAAGCAAUCAACAACAUCUUUUAUCGUUUCAUUUUUGAAACCGAGAAGCAUAAUGGGAUUGCAGAAUUGUUAGAAAUUUUGGGAAGUAUAAUUAAUGGGUUUGCCCUGCCGUUGAAAGAGGAGCACAAACUCUUUCUUGUUCGAGCUCUAAUUCCACUUCAUAAACCAAAAUGUGUAGCCAUGUAUCAUCAGCAGCUAUCUUACUGCAUUACGCAGUUCGUGGAGAAAGAUUGUAAGCUUGCUGACACUGUUAUACGAGGUUUGCUAAAAUAUUGGCCAAUUACAAAUAGUACUAAAGAGGUCAUGUUCUUGGGUGAACUGGAGGAAGUGUUGGAAGCAACACAACCUGCAGACUUUCAGCGCUGUAUGGUACCCUUAUUCCGGCAGAUUGGCCGUUGCUUGAGCAGUUCACAUUUUCAGGUGGCUGAGCGAGCAUUGUUCUUAUGGAAUAAUGAUCACAUUGAGAACCUGAUCAAACAUAAUCGCAAAAUUAUACUGCCAAUAAUCUUCCCUGCCUUAGAGAAAAAUUCAAGAAAGCACUGGAAUCAGGCUGUGCAGAGCUUGACAAUCAAUGUCCGCAAAAUCUUCUCUGAUAUUGACCCAGAGCUGUUUGAGGAGUGCUUGGUCAAAUUUCAAGAAGACGAAGCACAAGAGGAAGAGAUGAAAUCAAAGCGUGAAGCCACAUGGAAACGCUUGGAAGAAAUUGCUGCAAUGAAAGCUUCAAGUAAUGAACCUGUGCUCAUCUCCCCCAAAAUAGCUACACACCCACGAUCCGGCUGAGUGGUUAACGCUGUGAUUGGCAAUUGCUGGAUUUUUCAGUUUUGCAAUUGUUAUGCAGGCCAUAGGUGGAUAUGAUUUCUGGAAGUAGAAGGCCAAGACUUCCCUUGCUUUUGGUGGGACUGGUGCCGCUGCUGCAGGUUAAAGGUAGCCCCAUUUUGGUCUAUUAUCCAUACUACAUAUAUUGUGGAUUGGGAAAGCAAAACAAUUGGGUGCUGCUAAACCUGAAUGUCAUGAGAUGAUUUUCUGAAAAGUGGCCAGUCAGAAUUUCUCUUAUUUCUGUUUUCUUGUCGUUUGAAUUUGCGUUACUGUAAGUACACUCCAAUGUCCAGUUAUUUAUAUGUAUCAUUAAACUUUCCUGCC